AUGUCAACCCUCGCAUCACAUCGCUCUCAUGUCUCCUUCUAUACCGACGAUGAUACGCAUGUAGGAUCAAGCUCAUCAUCCCCUAUGAUGCAAGAUGGAGCUUUGGUAGCUUCAUCGUCUAGUCCGAUAAUACCGCUUGGACCAAGUAAGACCAUUCCAGCUAUCAAUAGACGAGGAGUGAUAUUCUCUCCUCGGACAGAUACCAAAUAUUUCCAUUCCGACGACCUAAUCCUACCUUCACCUACCCAUCAUCUAACACCCAAAGUCCCUUCAUCCAUUCGAUCAUACUCCGAUCCCGUCACACCCAUCGAUUCACCAUCCCACUCCAGAAGCAAACUUCAGAGUCGUAAUCUUUCAGAUACACCACUGUUAGUACGGAGUAUCCUAAAAUCACGGGUGGCUCAGCAGAUCAGAUUAGCAGCGUCGGUCGAAGAAGGUACACUGAACAAUAAAGAGGCCGCCAGAUUACUAGUGAGCGGCAAGAGACCUAAGCUGUUGGCUAAGGACUCGUUUCAGCUGGCUAUACUGAGAAACGCAGCUGGAGAUACGAAUGGGAAAGGGAAAGGGAGGGCGCAAGACGAUAUGCCAAGUUCAGAUGAUAGUACCUCAUCGACCAACUUACCUGGACAACAAAUCUCUUCGGAAGGUAAUGAAGAUAUCAUCGUAGAGGGUGAUAGUUCAGACGAAGAGGAAGAGACUGUUGAAGAAGAUGGUGCUUUAUCCACUUCCUCUCUAAUCGGUAUCGUAUUGGACGGCGCAGAAGAUCUGUUAACGUUGGAAGAAGCUUAUAACACUCUCACAUUACGAUUACGGACACGCAUACCAAUACAGAAUGAUACCGCCGAUCCCCUCACACCAGCCCAAAUAGAUGAUGUUAGAGUGUCAACACAACCUAUCAAAGAUGAAGCGCCUGCUAUGGUUCGAGCGAUCCAACGAGACUUACAGAGGUUAUUAGGCAAGUUACCAAAUAGUGAGAUGGAUUCCAGUGAGGGGGAUCAUACACCGUUCAGAGGUUUGAUGCCUCUUCGUGACUACACACCUACUUCUAAUGGCCAACGCGGUCGAUUCACACCUUCUCCCACACCCGGCAUAGGUCCAACAUCAUCUUCACCUACCAAAGCAGCUCGACAGGGGUAUACAGAGUCGGAAGUACGAUAUCGAAGAGAAGCCUCUGGUGUCGGCGCAGCGGUUCUUCGUUUUCUCGCAUUUACCUUUCAUUCACCUCACCUUUUCUCAUGCUUCAGUGAAGCAGAUCUACAGUCAAUGUUAGAACAGGUGAUGAUAAUACCUCGAACACCCAAAUUACCUACUCCUAAUCCUAAACGAACAUAUUACCUCUCCAUCGUCAUCCUCGCUCAAAUGAAUAUCCCCUCGGCAUGUGUACAGCCGGUCAAAGAUAAAGUCGUUCGAGCUUUGGAAGGUGCUAUGGCGGAUACGUUAGGAUCAAUGGGAGGGAAUAUGAUCUCGGGCAAAGAAGGUCCAAGUGCAAUCAAGAAAGAAGGCUAUAACGCAGUAACGAAUCUGGUCUCGAAUUACCCAACCAUCUUAUUCCCUCAUUAUACCGAUCUACUAUCGACCUGUUUGAAAGGUAUGGUCAACCCUGCUCAGCUCAUUCGAUAUAAAUCAGGUCUGGCCAUUUCAGCUUUCGCCAGGGCCAAGUUCAGUUUACUCGCUACAACUCAGAAUGCCUUGAUGGCAGAUCCAAGUAAUCCAGUCAUCAAGGAGAAUUGGAUCAAAGUGAAAAUGUUGAUUUCGAAAAGUGAAUUUUUCAUAGUCAGCCAUUUGAAAAGCGCUUUGAAGAUUCCUGGUAAACAAGCGCCGAUCUACGGCAAAGAUGGCGAGAAGAAAUUAGAAUGGCAUUCGCUGGAGCAAAUGUUCAAAGAUACCGUCGGAUCUACUACAGACGUCCACUGGGCUUGCGCUGCUUGGAGUGUGAUUGUAACUCUUAUGGGUUCCGCUUAUGCUUCUUCGGGAUUAUCAAGUGGUUUCGAUCAUAUCAUGGAUCGAUCAUUACAACCUUCGACCAAUGUUGUACGACCUCUCCUCGCUCGAGUCGCAUGGAAUCAUGCCAUUCACGCUUACCUCUCUUCCGGAUUCGCUUCUUCUAUCACUGAAAAUGGCCAUAUCAUAUGCUCGUACAAGCCAUUCGCCGCGUCAUCUCAACAGACAGUUGAACAACGAACUGCCAAUAUCCAAUUCCCCGUUAACCUUGCUCUCGCCAAAGCAACCGACAAAGCAUCAUACGCUCGAGCCUUGACCAACCCGAAACCUGGCGUGGAAUCGCAUUGCGUCUGGCAACGAUCAGAGAAGAGCAAGAAACUACAAUGGCUCAUCACUUGUGGUCUCGGAUCAACGGCUGUUGUAUACGCUCACACGGGUAUCGCGCUCUAUCAUGAAGAUCAACCUGCCAAAGAGAUGAGUCAGAUAUCAGGAUUACCUUCUUCAGAUGGCGGGAUGGUCCUACCUGACUUGUCGCCUGAAGAAUCAAAAUUGCCUCGACUUGAUAUCGCAUGGGAGAAAGUGGUCAAUCCGAUGAUAAGAUCCUUCUUCGCUAUCUGCGGCGUCGACAGAUUGAUAAUUCACGGCUGGCAGAUACUGGACGCUAUCACUUCGCCUACUAGCGAGUCUCAGCCCGAAUGGAGCUUGGACAGGUUACUGGUCACCCGAUAUAUGAGUGGAGAAGUAUUUCUCAAAGAGAAAGAAACCGAUUUUGCGGAUCUAUUGAACGAUAUUCAAGAUGAUGAACUGAAGCCAUCCAAUAUACCUUCCUGGGGCCAUUUCUGGGCUGCGAAGAGAUUAGGUCGAUUGUUAACCCUUUUUGAUGAAGCCUUAUCAAGCAUAAAUGGUAUGAAUGAUCCUUCGACUAUAGAGUGGAUUAGAAACGAUAAUGGUUUACCGAUUAUCCCAAGACCUUUAUCGAAUAUAUGGGAAAACCUUCUUCUGGCUCUGAAAUCAGCUAAAAUCGCUCAUGCGCCUCCUACACCCCUUUUCCUAGUCGGUCUACAGACUGUCACGACGCAACUUGCUCAGACACUCACUCGAGACCCCAAGAGCUACGUACCGAUAAGUCAGAUAGAUGAGAAGGGACGGUGUCUCCUGGACGAAGAUGAAUUGAGGAUUGGUAUGAUGACUCAUCUAUUCGAUGUUGCCGUUGAGGUACUGGGUGAAGACAUUUUAGGAUCGACCAGACUUCGACCAGACCACUUACCUCCUUCCGCCUCGGAGCAAAGCAAUUCAAGUAUAUUCCAGAAUGCCUUUGGAGGAGAUGCCAAUGGAUAUCCGACUGUCGCUGGUACACUCCUAGGGCACCUUUUACGAUCGAAUUUACCUUCUGCUUCUCCGUCGUCGAAAUACCAAUUCAAAAGAUUAGUUUCGAACAUGUUGGAUAUAGGCUCGUUGCCUGGCUAUGCUGGGAAAUUAUUGGGUGAUAUCACGAAUGCUAUGCCUUUCCUAUUUGAAGAUUGUGAGGAGAUACAAUUAGAUAUUUGGAGAUUGCUUGCCACCAAAUGGACGCAAAUCAUUGACCUUCAGCCAUCCUCCACAACUUCAUCUACCAAUCACACCGGUGCGCUACUAGUCUCCUUACUCUCAGGUCCAUUCAGAGCUCGACAAAUCACUUCAUACUGGCAUCGUCAAGCUGAUAAAUCCGAUCUCGAAAUCUGGGAAAAUCUACUGAAAGUCACUGUAUUGCGAUUCCGAGCUAAGAGGUUUGGAUCAAAUUGCGGUGUUUUAGAAGCUCUAGCAGGUCAUUUGGAAGAUUUCCUUGGUGAAGGCGAAAAGACCAGUUCGACUACGAUUACCCUCUCUUGUCUCGCUUCUGCGAUCUCAUGGAUGUCGUUCACUACUCCUACUACCGAAGGAUCACAGGCAUCACCUUGGCAUAUCUCAGAUGAAGAUUUCGUUCCUACCGAUUUCCUCACUUUGCUCAAUAACGCUUUGGUUGAGGCGUACCCUGUGUCUGAUAAUCAGAAUGAAACUCAGACCAAAAUGGAUUUCUCACCUGCUGUAUUCGACUUGCUGAAUAACCUGAUUAGAGUGUUGGAAAGUACACCUAAACAAUUCGUUGGCAAGGUUUUGAAACCUGUUCAAAGUGGGUUGGCAAUUUGGCUAGAGGAUAGGGAAAGAGUAGUAGAGGGAGAAAUGAAUCAACAGCUCGACGUGAUCUAUAUUUCACUUCUCAAUACACUUUCAUCCUCAAUGCCUACCGAAGAACUCCCCGUCAACUCUGAAACACUCAACUCUCUAGCUGAAUUGUAUUUCCCUCGAAUCUCCAGAGCUACUUCAUCAGCCGUACCAUUCACUUUCCAAUCUUUCUGGAACAAGACUUUUGGUACUGCAUCAUCUGGUCGAUUGGAAUAUUCAGAAGAUGUCGCUGAUUUCCUUCGAGAUUUGUUGAUGGCUGUUCCUGGCAUGAUCGUUUGUCCAGGAUUGGAAGGCGAUAGUCAAUUAUCUGAAGAAGAGAGCUUGGCGAGAUUCCCUCAUGUUCAGCAAUUACCUAAACCUCCUGUGCCAGGACCUAUAGAGAUUGAGGUGGAAGUCGAAUUGACGAAUCCUGAAUAUGAUGCUGAUAUCUCGCAAUCUAUCGAACCUACCCAACCUCAACUUCCACUUCAGCAUGAGCUUGACAAUGAGCAGCCAGAAGAAAAAGAAGAGGACAUCUUGGUAGACGCCACGAAGGAUACUAUCGAACCUCCUUCGCCUACCCCCUUGCCUGUCACCGACAACAGGGAUAAAAUAACCCAAGAAGGUGAAGAUGUGUUUGGUCCGGCAGCUAUGACUCGGGCUACUAGAUCGAAAGCGACGAAGAAGGCUAGUAAGAAAGGUAAAAGUAAGACUAAGAAGAGCAAGUCGACUGGGAAAAUCCCUGGGACUGAGGUAGAAGAAAGUAUGGAAAUGCAAUCUUUACCUGGAACCAAACGAACCAGAGUCGAACCUCCUACCAACAGCCGCUCGUUACCCGUUGUACAUAUUACACCUCUGGUGGCAGAUUCCGAAGUCGAUGAGGACGGUGAAGAUUGUAUAAUUGUCGUACCUAGUCCAGGAUACUAUAGACGAAAAGGGAUACCACAACCACAGCCUUCUUCAACUCAUACACCAGCUGUAGAAGCUGGACCUGAAGUCGAGAUGAAGGAAGAACAGGAUGAUGUGGUACGGGAAGACGUAAUUGAAGGUACACCUACCCCUGCGACUAGCGAAGUACCGAUGGAUGAGUCAGAAAUCGAACAUGAUGCACCGCUGAAUGUGGUAGCUGAACCAGAACCGGAACUCACUCAAGUCGCUCAAGAUCUCGAGGUUCAGCCUACUCUAUCCAAUGCAGCACUCCCUCAAUUGGUAGCUCAACCAAUAUCCGAACUCACUCAUGAUGUUCGGCCGACCCCAUCAGAAUCACCCUCCCGACCCUCUCUACUCACGUCUGCGAGUAGGUGGUUAUCGAGAGUCCAGUCGUUCCCUUUCUUCUCGCCUUCGAUCGCAUCCCCGCCAGCUGAACUGUUUCCUCCUGCUACGCAAGUUGAGCCAGCAGCGGAUAAUGAUUUUCAACAGGAGAUUGAGGAUACGUCUCAGAUCGAAUCAAGUGUAGAGAAGAGCCAAAUAAAAGUCACGACGAAGAAGAGUAAGAAGAGUAGGAUUAACAAAAAGAGAAGAUCAUCCACUCCUGCCUCGGCUUCUGCCACUGCUUCUAUCAAUGAUCAUACCGAGGAAAACACCCCAUCUCAAUCGCAACCUCAAACUGCAGUCGCAUCUCAAACUCAACCUGUAAAAUCGCUAAGUAAGAGUACCUCAACUGAGUCGAUCGCCUCCAACGCUUCUGCGAUUUCAACGACAACGAGAAGCAGUAAGCGAAAGCGAGGGAUCGAACCUGAACCUGAACCUGUAGACCAGCCGAUAUCAGAAGACAGGAAAGGUAAAGGACGAGCCAUCAUACCUGAGAUUCAAGUUGAUGAGAUCGAGUCAGAACCUAGAAGAUCCAAAAGACGGAAGUCAAGAUCCAAGAUUGAAGAAACAACCGAAUCACAGCGAUCGCUGCCUUCACCUUCACGAUCAGUUGAAUUGCCAGAACCAAUUGAGAUUGAUAAUGAAGAAGAAGAGGACGAGUUGCUUUUAUCUCCUGAAUCUGCAAGACGAAGGAAGAGAGAGGAAGAUGAAUUGAUAGCUAGGGUUUCUCAAGGUACUAGUAGUAAAGUUUGGAGUGAGAGUAUAAGUGGAAGGUUCGAUGAUGCACCUGAAGAUCUUUCUUCGAUCUUACGUCGACCAUCAUUAAUCAGAUCCGGUUUAAGUGGUGCUUCGGCCUCCUCAUCAUCAGUACGAUCUAAUACCCCCUCACCUACCAAUUCAACCUCUACUUUAUCUACUUCAUCUCCUUCUAAAACCAAAACCAAAAGCCAAAGCCAAAUAAGAGAGAAGAUCAAAGCAUCUCCCAAUAAACGAAAUACCCAACAAACAAAGAUAUUAAACAUGUUGGAAGAAGCUGUGAAAUCAAAGAAGGUGAUUGAAAAUCUAGAUUAUCAAGGUGUUAAAUCUCUCUUGAAAAAUUUGAACGAAUUGAGAGAAGCGGCUGAACAGAGAAUGUAUGAGAGGAUGGAAGAGUUGAGGAAUGCCAAGUAG